CAGAAAUCGAAUAUACUAUGAAUAGAAUCAGAAGGAUUAAGACGGUAAGCUUCAAAAGACCUCCAUGUAAUAUUCUCACUGUGAUAUUGCGAGGUACCGAACAUGGGCAUCUCUUCUCCACAAAAUUACAACGACGAGGAGACAGAAUGCGGGAAAAUCUUAUAGAAAAAAGAAAAGCAUAGUGCAGAAGAUAAAACCCAACCCUACGUCUCAUUUUCUAGAAACUUAUCCAAUUUUGACACAUUAGGGCAAAUCUAAUUAUCAUUCGAAUGUGCUCAAAGAAAAAAAGAAAAAGAGGAAGUGAUCGUUGAAACGGCAUCGUCUUCCGACAUGGCCAAAGCCAAAUUAAAACGUACAAAAAUCCACUUUGUCCAUUAGUGUAAUUUCAAUGCCGAAAAAAACCGCCCUUUCACGACUCCCGAAGACACUCACAAACUCAAACUCUCUCUCUCUCUCUCUCUCUCUCUCUCUUUCUACUGUCUUUCAGCUUCGAUUCUAAACACACAGAAUCAAACUCUCUCUCUCUCCCCACUGUCUCUUGCAUUUUCCUCUUUUACCCCUUCGAUCUCCAGAUUUUGAAAUUUUUGUUCUGAAUCUUUGCUGCUUCAUCUUCCCUUUUUUCUCCCCUUAAGAGGGUAUAAUGCUUCUGACCGCACAGGAUCAUUUCCACGUCGAAUUCGACGGGUUUUGAUUUUGACGGCGAGAGAGGGGAUGGAGGAGGUUCACGACGGUAAGUCCUCUUGUGAGAACCGUCCUAUGCUUCCGUUUGAUAUCGAUCUUAACGAAACGCCUCUCUCUUCUCCUCGUGAAACUGCUCUUUCUCCUCCUCCGUCGGACGUGGUGGCCGGAGAGGGGAGUGGCGGUAGACGUAAAGUUUCCUUCUUGGACAUCAAUGCGUUGCCUACAGAAGCUGAAGGACAAGAAGAAGAACAGCAGCAAGAAUGCAGUGAUUUUGUGAAUUCUAGAAUGCACUCUGUGCGUGAUACUUCUUCUUCUAGUGGCCAGUCAAAUAAUACCCAAGUGACAUGUUUUAAUUUGUUAUUUAUGGGGAAUCAGUUUGAACUUACAAGGCCACCUGGCAAUGUGACUAGCAUUGUCAAAUCAGGUCCUGUAGAUGUUGUACAGCAGAGACUGAACUUCGUUAGAACUGUAAAGGAAGUAGAUCCGCGGCGCUCUGUUUUUAUAGGAAGGCAAUGGGCGGCAAGUGAUUAUUCUGCGAAUACAACAGUAUCAAUCCAGAGUCAGAGUGAAAAGUAUUUGCAGAAUUUAAGAGAAUUUAUUUUUGAUAACCAUGGCGUAUUGGAAGACGGUUGGCAUGUUGAGUUUUUUAAUUGUCAGAAAAGAUGCAAAACCCUUGCAGUUUACUGUUCACCCGAUGGAAAUAAGUUUGAGUCAAUGUUUGAUGUUGCUUGCCAUCUUGGUUUGGUGUCAAAUUCCCAUUCUUUGGUACCUCUGGACAGAAAUGAUGGAUUUGCUUUAGCACAGAACGGGUUGCAUUUACACAGAAGAAGAAAGGAAUCAUUGUUAUUUUCAAGAGCCAAGGAUUUGAAAGAAUGUCAAGAAUAUUUGAAAAGCAGUUUUGCUGGCAAUUUCUCGUUAGGUUUAGGGACUGCUGAUGCGGAGGCCUGCAAGUUGAGUCAUAAUACAACAGUUGAACAAGCCAAGUCAGAGCCAAUUGAUAUUAAUGGCUCUUCUCAUUGUAAGGAUGGAUUUCCUGUCCAGUUUGAAGACUUUUAUGUUCUUUCUGCUGGGGAAAUAGAUCCACGUCCUUCCUAUCAUUGCACUAGCCAGAUCUGGCCUGUAGGUUACAAAUCCAGCUGGCAUGACAAGAUUACUGGAUCUCUUUUUGUAUGUGACAUCUCAGAUGGGGGUGAUUGUGGUCCAAUUUUCAAGGUGCAACGAUAUCCAUGUUCUACUACGCCCUUCCCGAUUGGGUCAACAAUCCUGUUCAGGCCAGGCUUUGGCACAGAUAAUAAGAAAUCUGAUAGCACUUCUCACACAGAUAAUAAUGAGGAUAUAGAUGUGCAGAUGAUAUUGUCAGACCAUAGCCCUCCACACCUGGAUUUUAAGCUUUCAACAGAUGUUGGAACUUCUUUUGAUGAAAUCUCUAAUUCUCAACCUACAGAUGGUUUGGGAAAAAAUUUGAAUUCCAUCUCAAGAAAUCUUGGGAAAUUUUCAUCCGCCAAUAGAAGAAUAGGUGAUGAUAUUGGCGAGUUCUUAGUGGAAGGUAGAUCAUCAUCUUCAGUGUGGAGGAUGGUGUCUGAGAAGCUGGUGCAUUCUUGCCGUGAAGUGUACAAGCAGAUUGGUAUAUGCAAAUUUUGUUGCAGGCACGCAUUUGAGUGCUGGUCAUCUUGCCUAAUCCAUGAGACUCUGGAAGCUAAUAUAUCACCUGAUUCAUUGGCCAAGUUCUGCCAUUUGUCUGGCCCUUUCAAUGUUCUGCAUCAUGUUGAAAGCAAUGAUGAUCUUGCUAAUAGUUGUGAAGCAUUGGUAGAAUGGUUAGGCCAGGACAGAUUUGGUCUGGAUAUUGAUUUUGUCCAAGAAAUAAUAGAGCAGCUUCCUGGGGUUCAGUCCUGUUCAGAUUAUACAUUCCUGGACAAGAGAAGCAACCAGUCAAAAUUACAAACAGUUCAAAAUGGAUAUCUUCUCGUUAAGAGGAAAGAAGAAGCACAUGGUGAGAAAGAAACAUAUAAUAUGUUGAAGGGGUGUAGAAACCCUAAGAAGCAACAUUUGAAUGAUUCUUGUCCCCCUGGCAAGCCAUUGAGCUCAAAGCUUCCCACAGUGUUAGUUGGUGAUGUUCUUCAGUCGUGGGAGUUACUAUGGCGCUUCUCUGAAGUCUUGGGAUUGGAUCGACCUUUAUCAUUUAAGGAACUUGAAGAGGAACUUACAGACUGUAAUUCCUUUACUCUUAUGAAUAGUCCUGUCUCGAAAAGUAGUGGGAACAGUCAACAUGUAUUGACCGCAGAUGACAAUGAAACUCCAGAGGAAUGUGCUGAAGUGAGACAGGCACCUGAUACCCUUUGCUGUUGCGCUGGUGAAACUUUGUAUAAGGCACAUUGCUCACUUCUGAAAAUACUGUUGGAAGAGUUAGAGUCCAAGUUGGCUGUUUUUGUGGAUCCUUCUCUUGAAAGUGGAGAGUCCAGGUCAAGAAAGAGAAGGAAAAAAGAAGCUGAUAGCUUGAUUUAUGCUAGGAAAUUAAUGCUUGAUUUACUUCCAAUUAAUGAACUUACUUGGCCUGAAUUGGCUCGAAGAUAUUUAUUGACCGUCUCCUCAAUGGAGGGCAACCUUGAUUCUGCGGAGGUUAUGAACCGUGAAAGUUGCAAAGUGUUUCAUUGUUUACAAGGAGAUAGUGGGGCACUUUAUGGUUCCCUUCCGGGAGUGGCUUUAAUGGAGGCAGAUGCACUGCUGCUUGCAGAGGCUAUAAAGCAGAUCUUUGGUACAUCAAAGAAUGUUAACAGCAACCUAAAUGUGGAUUCUAGCGACUCUGUUGCCCCCAGCUCUAGCAAAGAAGUUAAAUUGAAAGACGGUGAAGUUCCUGAGUGGGCAAAAGUACUAGAACCUGUAAGAAAGCUACCCACAAAUGUGGGAGCUAGAAUUCGGAGGUGUAUUUACAAUGCUUUGGAGCUAAACCCGCCAGAGUGGGCAACAAAAAUUUUGAAACAUUCAAUCAGCAGGGAAGUUUACAAGGGAAAUGCUUCAGGACCUACAAAGAAAGCUGUUCUGUCAGUAUUGGCAGAUGUAUGUGGUGAAACCCCGCAGCAAAAGCCUAAUAGGAAGAGAAAAGGCAAGCACAUUGAUACUUUGCCAGAUGUGAUAAUGAAGCAAUGUCGAAAGGUGCUUCGUCGUGCAGCUGCUGCUGAUGAGGAAAAAAUUUUCUGCAAUUUGCUGGGAAGAACACUUCUUAACACUUCUGAUAAUGAUGAUGAGGGGCUACUUGGUUUCCCUACAAUGGUGUCUCGUCCAUUGGACUUCAGAACUAUUGAUCUGAGAUUGGCUUUUGGGGCCUAUGGAGGAUCGCAUGAAGCUUUCUUAGAGGAUGUUCGGGAGGUUUGGCAUCACAUACGUACAGCAUACGCUGAUCAGUCUGAUUUAGUCCAUUUGGCUGAAAAAUUAUCCCAAAAUUUUGAAGCACUCUACAAAAAUGAGGUCCUCACACUAGUUCAGAAACUUACAGACUAUGCAGCUGUUGAAUGCUCAAAUUCUGAAGCUAAGAAAGAAAUGGAAGAUAUUCUAGAGCAUGCAAGUCAGAUGCCCAAAGCCCCUUGGGAUGAGGGUGUGUGUAAAGUUUGUGGUGUAGAUAAAGAUGAUGAUAAUGUUUUAUUGUGUGAUAAAUGUGAUUCUGGGUAUCAUACAUAUUGCUUAAAUCCGCCUCUUGCAAGAAUACCUGAAGGAAACUGGUAUUGUCCUUCAUGCAUCACUCAGGGUGCUUCACAGGUUCCUCAGUUCGUUAGCCAUUGCCGGAAAAAAAGACGUCAAGGAGAGUUUACUCAUGGUGUUCUAGAGGCCCUUGCUCAUUUAGGUACAACAAUGGAAAUAACAGAUUAUUGGGACUACAGUGUCGAAGAGAGAAUUUUCCUUCUCAAGUUCUUGGGUGAUGAGGUACUGAACUCUGCUAAUAUUCGUGAACAUCUAGAUCAAUGUGCCUCAGUAUCCGCUGAUUUGCAGCAGAAAUUGCGCUCACUAUCUAUGGAGUGGAGGAACCUAAAGUUUAAAGAAGAACUCAUGCUCAAUGGUGUUGGAAAAUCGGGCAAGGAGGGCACAACUACUGUGCUUCCAAACUACAACAAAUUGCUCGGACAGACUCACAGUAGAAGCAGUUUAUGUUCAACCUCCUUUAUUGACCUGGAACAUUUGAAGGAUGGUCCACGGUUUCCAAGGACAAAUGAUUUUACUAAACGACCAUGCUGGGUUUACCCAAAAGGUGUUCAAGUGCAACAACCAAUCAGUAAUGGAAGCCAAGUUUUCACAAUUUCAGAUACUGAGUGUCAAGUAAAUCAGCCAGAUGUGAAUCAGUUACAAACCAGUAACCUUGAGUCAAUCUUUAUCAGGGAUAAGGCAUCUGUCUUGCAGGACUCAGUUACCAGUCUAGAGUUACAGCUACAGAAGGCAUCUCUGAGGAAGGAAUUUUUAGGAAGAGACUCUGCUGGACGAGUGUACUGGGCCUUUUCCAGGACAGGUUCAUUGCCAUGGGUGGUUAUCGAUGGGACUACAGUGGUGCAGCAAAGUAGUAUUGCUGAAGAGAAUAGGGUGCUGAGGUUUAACAAUUUGACUUUCAGGUCUUCAAUUGGAGCACAGGAUCUGUUGAGGUUCAAAGGGUCAAAUGUUUUUAGUCCAUAUGCAAGUGAUUUGACUAGUGGCAUUUCAGUAUAUUUUCAAUGGUUUUCUCAUCAAUCUUAUGCUGAAAUUGAAGAACUUAUUAAGUGGUUGAGGGAUAAUGAUCCGAUGCAGAGAGAGUUGAUAGAGUCUCUUCUGCAGCGGUUGAAUUUUGGCUAUAGCAACUCCAAUAAAGCUGCAAACUAUGUAUUAGAGAUGAAUCAACCAGCAUCAAUGCCUGUAAACAUAGAAAAGACUCUGAAGCCUAAGUCUCUGGAAACUAGAGCUUUAACUGCACUAGAGAAGAAGUAUGGUCCUUGCAUGGAACUGGAUGUCACCAACAUCUCAGUGAAGUUUAGUCGAAAUCUGAAAGUUACUUAUGAUGAUAGAAUGUGCCGAUGUGAGUGCCUAGAAGCUAUAUGGCCGUCUAGGCAUCAUUGCCUGUCUUGCCACAGGUCAUUUUCCUCUAGGUGUGAAUUAGAGGAGCAUAAUGAUGGAAAGUGCGGUGCUGGUGCUCAUACGCCUCAGAACAGCAGAGUGACUGAUGAUGUCUCAAAAGAGAAGGUGUUGAUGAGGGCUGAACAUGGAGAGUGGCAAUGCAAGGCUGGUGGUGCAGGGCAUGAGAUUGAGUUUGGAUUGAUUGGAUUUCGAAAGGAAUUCAUGUCUCCUUACAACCUUGAAGAGAUAAGUGCCAAGUUUGUUACUAGAAGCUCUAAUAAGGAAUUGGUGAAGGAAAUAGGACUUCUUGGUUCAAAUGGCAUUCCAUCACUUGUACCAUGUUCAUCUCCUUACCUCAUUGACCCCACAUUGAAGUUAGUGCUUCCCUGUGUAAAUGAGGUAUGUCAGAGUGUUCAGUCCACAAAUGUGGAAAAUGGGUCCCUGCAAGGGGACACAACAACCAGUAAGAGACAUGCUAACAAGUCCAAUGCAACAAAGGAUUGCACUGCAGUUGAUCUUUAUGAGGAGUUACAAGAAAUUGGUAGGUCAUAUUUGAUGAACCAAUCCUCUUUGAGAUUCAGCUGCACAAAACUGGGGAAUCCUUUAUCUGAAAUCCGGGGUUCUGCAUUGAGACCCCUUGUGGGGAAGGGGGCUCACAUUCUUAGGCAGCUCAAGAUCAACUUGCUUGAUAUGGAUGCUGCCCUUCCUGAAGAAGCAGUAAAAUCAUCCAACAUUUACUUGGAAAAAAGAUGUGCAUGGCGAGCAUUUGUCAAAUCUGCAAAGUCGGUUUUUGAGAUGGUUCAAGCAACAAUUGUACUUGAGAAUAUGAUUAAAACCGACUUCUUGAGGAAUGAAUGGUGGUAUUGGUCAUCACUUUCCGCUGCAGCAAAGAUUGCCACCAUAUCCUCUCUUGCUCUUAGAAUUUACACCUUGGAUGCUGCUAUUGUCUAUGAAAAGACUCUACCCUUCACUCCUCCCAAAGAUAUUGCAGAAGUUGGUAGCAAGUCAGAUAAUAAUAAUUCUCCGCCUCAUACAGAUCUUGAAAGUAAUCCAAAGCCAAGCAGCAAGCCUGUGCUAAGGAGCCAUAAUCUGGAUCUAACUGACAACAAAAAACCACAGAGCAGAUCUGGCAAGAAAAGAAAAGAUUCAGGAGGAUGAGUACAAAAAGGUUUCAACCCUAAUUCUUGUUAAGCAGAAGCUUGCCUUAACCUCCAAUUUUGUAGCCAAGAAUGCCUAACCUGUCCGACACAAGUGGCUUAUGGGCUUGAGGACUGCCUUGGCACCUUCUUGUAUCGUAUGUAUAUAUGAAGUUAUGCGUACACACUAACUGGGAUACUGUAUCAGGGAGUAGAGGCCAUAUAGUUAGGUGUACAGUUGCACUUACAGUGUUUUAUGAGAAUUUGGGAAGUAUGGUCAUCUUCUGAAGAGGAAAUCAACAUCCACAAGAGAAAAGCAAUUGAUAUGUGAGCUGUUGUUUAUUUAAAGCUAUCAAUAUUAUGUAUCAAGGUUUUCUGAUGUAUAAUAAUAGAUUCCAUUCAUUCA